AGUAUCAGCUGUCUUUUAAACCUCGCUGCAUACCACAACUCAUGAAUACGGCGUUUCGAUUUGGAUAUAUUAUACGGAUCCUGCGACACUGCUGUACGACGGACAUGCCCUCUAUACUCGAUGAUAACUCCGUUACCCCAACUCCCACUUCGUUGGUGCCCAACUUCAUCAGAUCCCCAUCGCUGUCAAUGGGUAGUCCGGUCUUUUGCGUCACGACCACCUCCUUGGACAUGAGCACGUCCCGUAGCUCCUCGGUUGUUGUCCCUAUCGCGACGGAGACACGUACAGGGAUGUCAACAUUGACUCCGUUCGCACUAAACACUCCCACUGCGACUUCAACGACGUAUAGCAGUAUGACAUGGAGCAGCUCGUCGCUCACGAUUAGCGUCGUACCCAUCGCUGGAGCCGCGGGGCACCACCAUCACCACGCUGCAGCCGGGACCAUCGUAGGCGCUGUUAUUGGCGGACUCGUCGGGCUGAUUUUGGUUCUUCUUGCCUUGUUUUUCAUUAUACGCCAUUACCGUCGCAGACGUGGUGCUUACUUCGAAGGUCGCGGCCUCAAUGAAUCCGACACGCCUUUCGGCGGCGCAGGCCUCGUGCCCGUCCAAUCGCGAGUGGGGCCCCAAUCGGCGAACGGGAUCAACAGGAAUGGCGCAGGCCCGAUCUCUGUCGAAUGGAAUGAGCAAGACCAUCCUGCGGUCGUCAGUCGUGCGGAGCACGAUACUGAUGAUCCUACACAGGUAUCUGCUGGGAGAUCCUUGGAUAACCAUGGUUUCGACGUGCCGCAGAGCGCCAUUGCCUGGGCGCAUGGGCGUGCUCCCGACCAGCUUUCCCAUGAGUCCUCUUUGAACCAAGGGGUACGUGAGCCUGUACGUGCUCGUGACAAGUCGAUGUCCGGCCUUUCCCUCGGAAACGCGAGCGAAAUAAGCGCUGCUCCAGCAGCGCCAGCGCUGACGGAUCGAACAACCCCGUCGCGGUCCGUAGUUAUCGCAGCCUGCGAUCUCAGCCAUUCCCUCUCCGUUACCUCGCGAAGCGAGCGCGCACAACACACAGGGCCUCCAAUGGUCAUCGGAAGUCCCACCGAAUGGGCUACUGAAGCGCUUCCGCAGGCUGUAGUAGAACAGGAGUGGCAGCUCACGAAAGCCUCCAGCGCGGGCAUGAACCGACCACCAGCCAAGGUCACUGAUAUCGCCCAGGAUCUGCGCUUCCGCGACGUUCUCGCCUCAGCCGCGAACGAAGUGCGCGCCGAUCCGACCACCGACCUCGGCACCGAGGCAAACAUUAGGCGGCUCGUUCGACUUGCAUACCAUCAGCCGGUCAUCUAUUGUGAUGACAGCGGGUCGAUGGAGACUCCGGACUGCUUGACUAUGACGCGCUUCGAACGUCUUCGGCAGGUGGUCUGGCACAUAGCGCGCGUUGCGAAUAGGCUAAUUCCAGAAGACAUGGGCGUCCACUUGCGAUUUAUCAACCAUCCCUCCUCGAGCGACCACGACGACCUCAGCGCGACGAGGGCUCGAACCAUCGUGAACGCUGUGCACCCUACAGGUGGGACGGCACUAGGCACCGAACUUGAGUCUCGGAUCCUGCAACCACUGGUAUACGACGUUCUCGAUGACCCUAGAGGCGCUCGUCUGAAACGUCCACUCCUCGUGUGCACCAUCACAGACGGUGCACCUACCGACAGAAACAGAGAUGCUUUCAAAGACGCUAUCCUGCGCUGCAAACGUCGGAUUGUCCAGGCCGGAUACGACUCCAAGACGGUCAUAUUCUCCAUCAGCCACAUUGGGCAGGACCCCGAAGCCGUGCGGUUCGUGGGAUCGCUCAGGCGCGAUAAAGAGAUCAAGGACGUGAUUUACUGCACGAGCGACAGUCUCGACGGAAGGUUCGACGAACUGCAGGGUAAUGAAAGGGGGAUGGAGGUUUGGCUGUUGGAACUUCUAACGAAUGCCCUGAUGGACAUAGAGCAUCAGUGA